AAGAAACAUUUUGAUACUACUGAGAUUAUCAUAUUAGCUUUAUCUUCACAUUUUGUUUUAUAAAUUAAUUUAUUCACUAGCUUGGUUUUAAAUUAUUCAUUGAGAAGUGUGAAUGUCUUGUUUUUUCAUAGCAAACUAAGUUUUAGAAUCUCAAACACUUUGAUUAAAUUUCUUGCUCCUAAUUCUUUGGACCAAAAUCACUAUGCCUAGUACUACUGCCACUAAUCAUAAGGGCUAAUUAAAAAGGAGAAUCUGUUAAUUAUUGGACCGAAUCGAAGAAUAUUAAAGAUUAUGAAUGAAUUUGGAUCAGAGAGAUCAAAAGGUUGGAACAUAUACACAAGUUCAGAGUCUAGUAGUUCAUCACAAAUAGAGCAAGAAGGUCCAUGGAAAAACUUGGGAACAUCAAUGAAUGCAGUAGCCUUUGGAUUCGUAGCAACAGCUAUUUUAAUUUCAAUGUUCUUGAUUAUGGCUAUUUUCGAACAUCUUUUUAGACCGAACCCUUCGUUUUCUUCUCCGACAGCAGCCAACGAGUCUCUCGAAUCAGGACACAAGCUUCCGAAUCCACACACAGUAAGAAAAACAUCAUAUGCAUCAGAUUAUUCAGUGGUGAUGCCUGGAGAAAAGUUUGCAACAUUUAUUGCUCAUCCAGCUCCUCUUCCUAUUCCAUCAUGUUCAAGAGAAGGCAUUUCUUGGCCUUCUCAUGACCAUCACAAUCUUGUAUGAUCCUUAAUGAUUACCAAUUCUAUUAUAUAUUGUAUACUUCCAAUUUUGUGCAUCAUAAAAUAUUCUUGCUUAUAGUCUAAA